UUUCACUUUAAUCCUCUUGGUGUGAAAACAGCAAGGCUUUCAGCAGAGAGAGAUGAUGUGAAACCUGGAAAUCGCAGAAACUGCUCUAGCUUCCUGCCCCCCAACAUGUCUGAGCUGAGGGUUGUUCUGCUGGGGAACAGCUGGUCUGAGAGAAGUUCAGUGGGGAACUUCAUACUGGGAGAGACUGUGUUCAACAAAGCACCUGAAUGCUGUGUGAGAAUCAGUGGACAGCUGAAGGAGAAAAAGAUAGUUGUUAUCAACACCCCAGAUCUGCUGCAUUCCAACAUCUCUGAAGACAAACUAAUAGAACAUGUAAAAACCUGUGUGAGUUGUUCUGAUCCUGGACCUCAUGUGUUCCUGCUGGUUCUACAGCCCGAAGACUUCACUGAGAAACACAAACUGAGGCUCUGCAGAGUCCUGGAACUCUUCAGUGAUCGAUCAUUUGAUCACUCACUGGUUCUGAUACCACCAAAAAGAAAGAAUAGACCAACUUUCAUGGAAAAGUAUGUGGAACGUGCUCAUUUAAGUGACUUAAUCAGAAUGUGUAGAUACAGAUACUUGAAGCAGAAGAACCUUGACCAUCCAGAACUGUUGACACGUUUGGACCAAAUUGUGAUGGAGAACAAUGGACAGCAUGUCAGCUGUAAUGUGAUUGAGGACGUAGCAGCCGCUUUACCUGCUGAUCAUCCAAAUCCAACACAAAAGGAAACUAUCUUGGAUGGUAAUAAAGCAUAUGGGAUUACAUCCAGGACAGAACGUUCCACUUCAUGCCAAUCACUCAGGAUAGUGUUGUUUGGAAAAAGUGAUGACAAAAAAACAACACUGGGAAACAUCAUCACUGGUAAAAAAGAGGUCCAGAACCUCUUUGCAAGCAAACAGGCUACCUGUGGAGAGUGGAGAGGACAACCAUUGACAGCAGUGAAAACACCAGACAUGACCAGUCACUCUGUGACCGCACUGAGAAGAGAGGUGAAGAACUGUGUCAAUCUUUGUCCUCCUGGACCAAAUGUUCUGCUGCUGUUAGUGAAGCCUUCUGCUUUCAAUGAGGAGGACAGACACACACUGAGGUUCAUCCUGAGUUUGUUUGGUCAAAGUGCUUUUAAACACUCAAUGGUCAUCUUUACACAUGAAGGGAAUGAAAUGACCGUCUCUGUUAACGAACUCCUUAAAGAGUGUGGAGGAAGAUACUACAGCAUGUUUAAUGAUGACCGCACACUGUUAAUGCAGGAGAUUGAGAACAUUGUGCAUGAAAACCAAGGAACCUUUCUCACCUUCACUGAAGACACUGAACACAUCAAACCAGCUUUAAACCUGGUUCUGUGUGGGAGGAGAGGAGCAGAGAAGACUUCAGCAGCCAAGGCCAUUUUAGCUCAGACAGAGUUUCAUUCAGUCUCCGUCUCAUCAGAGUGUGUUAAACAUCAGGGAGUUGUGCGUGGACGUUGGGUUUCCCUGGUGGAGCUGCCUGCCUUGUAUGGAAAACCUCAGGAGGCAGUGAUGGAGGAAUCACUCAGGUGUAUCUCCCUCUGUGAUCCUGAGGGCGUCCAUGUCUUCAUCCUGGUCCUACCUGUGGGUCCCCUCACUGAUGAAGACAAGAGAGAGUUAGAGACCAUCCAGAACACAUUCAGCUCUCGAGUCGUUGACUUCACCAUGAUUCUGUUCACUGUGGAGUCAGAUCCUGCAGCUCCAGCUGUUGUUAACUUUGUAAAGGACAACAAGGACAUCCAGGAGCUCCGUCAGAGCUGUGGAGGAAGAUAUGUUGUUCUCAACAUCAAGGACAAGCAGCAGAUCCAAGAGCUGUUGUACAUGGUGGAAAAGAUGAGACAAUCUGAAAAUAAACCAUACAGCUAUACAGCUGUAACAUUUGCACAUGCACAAAUGGAAAAGGUCAUACAACAAGAGAAGCUGAUGAAGAAGAACAAGAUCACUUGUGAUGAUGAGGAGCAGAGCCCAGAGAGUCUCAAGAUUGUGCUGAUAGGGAAGACUGGAAGUGGAAAGAGCUCUACAGGAAACACCAUUCUAGGAAGAAAGGAGUUUAAAGCUGAAUCAAGUCAAACUUCAGUCACCCAACGUUGUAAGAAAGCACAGAGUGAAGUGGACGGUCGUCCGUUUGUUGUGGUCGACACUCCUGGUCUGUUUGACACAACUUUGUCCCAUGAAGAGGUUAAUCAGGAGAUGGUGAAAUGCAUCAGUCUUCUGGCUCCAGGACCACAUGUCUUCCUGUUGGUGUUACAGAUCGGGAGACUCACAAAAGAGGAGAAGGAGACAUUAAAACUCAUCAAGGAAGGCUUUGGGAAGAAUGCUGAAAAGUUCACCAUCAUUCUUUUAACUGGAGGAGAUUCACUGGAGGAUGAGGAGACGUCCAUUGAAGAAUACAUUGAACAUAAAUGUGAUGCUUCCUUUAAGAAGCUGAUCUCUGACUGUGGAGGAAGAUACCAUGUGUUUAAUAACCGUAACAAACAAAACCGCACACAAGUCAGUGAGCUGAUAACCAAGAUUGACACCAUGGUGAAGGAAAAUGGAGGCAGCUGCUACACCAAUGAGAUGCUGCAAGAGGCCGAGGCAGCUAUAAAGAAAGAAAUGGAGAGAAUCCUGAAGGACAAGCAAGAAGAGAUGAAGAGAGAGAGGGAGGAGCUUCAAAGAAAACAUGAAAAGGAAAUGCAAGAGAUGAAAAGAAGAAUGGAAGAACAGAGAGCAGAAAUUGAAAAGGAGAGAAAACUGAGAGAAAAACAACUUGAAGAAAAAGAGGAGAACAUAAAGAAGGAACGUGAGGAUAGAAAGAAAGAACAAGAAAUGAGAGAAAAAGAAGACAGGAAGAAAAAACAACAGGAAGAAAUUCAGCGACAGGAGUGGGAACGAAAAUGUGAAGCUUUGGAGCAAAAUAUAAGAUCAGAGUCAGAAACAAAGGAAACCAUUGACAGAAAGCUGGAGGAGAGCAGAGAAGAGAUGAGAAAAGAACGAGAGAACUGGGAGAAAACACAAAAUGAAUGGUGGGACAAACGUUAUCAAGAAGACGAAGAGAGACGACAGGAGGAACAAACAAGACUUAGCAAGCUUCAAGAAGAAUACGAACAGGAAAGAGAAAAUUAUGAAAAGAAAAGAAAUGAAGAGGACAGAAUCAGAAGAGAAAGAGAGGAAAAAGAGAGAAAAGACAUGGAGGAGAACUACAAGAAGAAAAUGGAGAAUCAGAAAAAGGCGUAUGAAGAGGAGGCCAGAGAGAAAGCUGAAGAGUUUAAUGAAUUCAGAGAGAAACACAACAAGGAGUUUGCAGCUCAGAAGCAACAGCAUGAGGAAGAAAUGACAGACAAAGACAAACAAUUUGACAUCUUAAAGGCACUUUCAGCUCACAAUGAAGAACAAAUAAAGAAAAAACAUCAAAGUGAAAUUUGUGACUUAGUUAAAUGUGUGACCAAAAAGAAAGAAAAUCUGAAAAAAAUAAACCUCUUACUGAAAAAACAUGAAAAACAAAUGAAGAAUCUGGACAAUGAGGAUGAAAAGAAAAAUCUGCUGGAAACACAUGAAAAAGAAAUAAAUGACCUGAUCCAGGAACUUAUGAAACAAGUCAAUACAUCAAGCUGUCGUAUUUUAUGAGGAUUUGUUUCAUGUAAACAUCUCAUCAACAGAGCAGUUUCAGAUGUUGUUCCUUUUUUCUAUUUUCAUUUAGUUUCAGUAACUGAAACUUUAAAGAAGCAGAUAGUGGCUGUUAAUACAGAAUGCAGUAAAUAAGCAAAACCUAAUUCAAAUUAUUUUUAUUUUUAUUAUUUUCCAAACCGCUGUGAUGAUCAGAAAACUAAAGUUUUGUUCUAAAUAAACCUUUUCAUGUUAAAUUGUUAAAAUUUCAGAGGUUAUUAGUUAAGAUGUUCUUUAGAACCAAAGUGAAACUGAGGCUGAAAUGAUUCCUGUAUUAUAUUACAUUAUUAUUAACAGUAAAGAAAGUCUGAUAAAAUUGGUUUAUUUUUGGAAAGUAUCACUCUAAGGUGGUUAUGAAGAGUUGUCAAAGAUGUUCUGAGGCUGAACAAUAUUUGUUUUCUUGUCAAAUACACCUGUGCUUAGCAAAUAUACAGCUGAUCUAUCCCUGUGGCUCAGCUGCAGUGUCUAAGAGCUUUCUGGAUAUUUUUGGACUCUUAAGCGUCAAAAUGUUGAUUUCAGUCUGUCUGUAUUGAUCAAUCAGGCUUUUAAUAUCUAAAUAACUCAGUGACUCUGUUCAGUCAAUUGUUUCAAACUUCUGCUCUAUUUUACUGAAAAUAAUUGUUUCCUCUGUAACAUUCAGGCUCUUCUCUGUUUCACUGGGUUUUCUGUAAAGUUUAUAUAUUAUAUAUUUAGAGAUAUUAGAGUCAUUUGGUUUGACUUUUUCACCUCUAAUAAGUUGAUUGUAAAAAAGGGUGAGCUGCUGUUUCAGCCUGCACCUUUUCAGUCUGUAGAAAAUCUUUCUGCUCUGUUGGUUUUCUUUUCUUCUGUUAAAACUCUUUUGCUGGGAAUAAUUGCCUUUUCUUUUCUUUUGUCCUAAUAGUUUGUGUAAUUAUUUGCUGAUAAAAACAGACAGCAGCUUAGUAAAGAAAGACUUCAGCAGCUGAAGCUCUGCUCGCUCAUUACAGAUGAUCUUUGUUUUCUUUUGAAUAUGAGAAAGAACAUGAUGUUUGUGCUGGAAGUGAAAUGAAAUGUUUAGAUGUCAUUCACCCUGUUUUCUCUGCAAAUCACAAAUAUCACAGCAAAUAUGAAACAUUAAACAGCAUGAAGAUCAU